UUGUAGCUUUAUGUGAAUUGUUUCGUGCAAUAUACUUGAAUAGCAAAUCGAAAUUAGUCGUGGGGCAUCGUCACCAAUUUCCAUUGUGUUAAGAAUUGCUACAAAAUUUACAAGAGUUUAUUGCUAGGAAAACGUAUCUGAUAUUCAUAGCUUUUAUACCAUUUCAGUUUUACCAAAUACAAACUUGAAUAAAGAAUAAAAUUAAAAAGUGAAAACUACGCUCUCGAGCAUAACAUUGUUAAUAAAAAUGGCUUGUGCAACACUUAAACGUACAUUAGAUUGGGAAGCACUUAAUCAGCGUCCUACCAAACGUAGACGUUGUAAUCCUCUUGGGCAUUCAAACGGAAAUGGAGCAUCUCCAUCACGCUCAGCAGUAGCAUCUAGUUUAUAUGAUAAUGUGCAGAGUCCUAGUGGAAGUCGUAUUUCCAAAGAACUACAGCCUAAUCCAUUCAAAGAGGCCAAUUUAACAAAAAUAUCUCCAGAUAAAAUGGCUCAGGACAUCCGUGAUGAAAUUAAACGACUGCAUCGUUGUAAACGUCUUCAAUUCCCAUCGCCUACUGUAGAUGGUAUGCAACAGGACUCAGAAUCGAGCGGUUCGGAAAUGGGUGCCGAUAGUCCCCGUCGUCCCGACACCCCACCGAGUUUGGUGCGUAAUCCAGAAAAGGCGCUUUUUACAUUCAAACAAGUUCAAUUGAUAUGCGAACGUAUGCUGAAGGAGAGAGAAGACGAGAUACGUGAAAAAUACAAUGCAGUGUUAACUACGAAGCUCGCCGAACAGUAUGAUGCUUUCGUAAAAUUCACUUAUGACCAGAUACAAAGGCGCUACGAAGCCACGCCAAGCUAUCUUUCAUAAUCGGACCUCAAGCGAACUUCAUUACUAGUCGCUAAGAUUUCAUCGCGUACAUACAACACUUUCUGUAUUUAUGCAUUUUGUUGGAGAAACACAAUAUAAAACUGAAAUUCUCAUCAUAACUUAACACUGAAUAAAAGUACUGAAUGUGAAUAAGAUGAAAAGAUAACAUUAUAAACACAUAAUUAUAAAAAACUCCUAACAGAUAAAAAUAUCGAAAUUUUAAUAUUUUCUGGCAUAUUUUCAUUUUGCUCAAAUACAUAAGUUUGUUGUCAUAGUCGAAAUAACAUAUACUUUUAAGUAAGUAAGUUAGCACUUUCAACACAAUUUGUAAUGUUCUGUAAAAAACUAUUGCGAACUUCAAAUUGUACUUCAUUUUUCACUAUGACUAUUGGCCUUUAAAAUCAAACAUAUUUAAUAAACCUUUCAAAAAGACAUGUCUUCUAAUUCUUCUAUGUACAAAAAUUACGGUCUAAUAUUUAAAAAACACACACAUAAAAGUCGUUCAAGAUUUGAAAGCGUAUGUAUAUAUUUUUGAUUUUGAGAAUGAAGUACUUUCUUCAUUUGUAGAGUUCGCUACAUCAAUUUAAUAAGACUUUAUUCAGUAAUAAUCUAUGCUAUAACUAAAUGAAUUGGCAUAAAAGGUAAAUUAUUCGUGUCGCAAAAAUCUGCUUUUGAUCCCAAAUUUACUAUAAUAUAGAAAAUCUUAAAACAAAAACACUAUACAACUUGUAAAAACGUAAAAUCGCAAAGCUUUGAAAGCCAUACAACAUUACUUUUUCAACAAAUACACAUGCAGCGGAGGAAAGCGAAUUCUUUGAAAUUAAUAUAACAAAUAAACAAUACAAGAAACAAAUAAACAACAAUUAAAAACCUCAGCAUCAGUAAAAACAAAUAAUAUUUACACAAAAAUAUAUGUUAAUAUAUACUUAGUAUAGUACAGAUAUUAGGUUAAUGAAAUUGAAUUGAUAAGAUUAUUAUUUUAAUAAUAAUGAAAUGAAUAUAAGAACAUACUUGAAACUUGAAA